AUGCGUCGUAUCGACGACUUCACCACCGAGGUCUUCGAGGCCGCCUUCGAGCGCACUCAGGGGGUCGCUGCCGUCCUCUGGCAAGCCCUUGUCGAGGACGAUUUCGGUGCCGGCGGUCAGGCCCUUCGCGCCGAGAUCGCCGAAGAAAUCGGAGACAAGGUCGCUGCCGAGGGUGAGCGCGUCCUUGACAACACGCAUGAACUCAAGGCUCACAUGAUCGAGAUAAUCCUCUCCAAGAUCAACCACAAGGUUGAAGAAGGAUUCACCAUUCCCCUCCGCGCCUGGGCCUCCCGCAGGGAGUAG